UCAGCGACGCGACAAAUGAUAGCUUCUGGACUUCUCUCUGCUCUGCGUCCGCAGCUGUUAGCCGCCGCUGUUUCAGAUAAUCCUCCCGGUUCCAAGCCAAACCACGUUCCCCGCGCGCCCACCAGAAAGCAGAGAGACAGGCAGAGGCGCGUCCUGCUUGGCUGCUUGCUUUCGCUGCAGUAUAAAAGGCCCCCGCGCGCCUCUCAGCACUCCACGUCAAUCCACAACUCAAAAGUCGCAAGGCGAGCAAUUUGCAAGGCGAUGAGCUUGAGGUACAUGAGCCGUGUGGGCGCGCGGGCGGCGCAGGCGGUGCGGGAGAGCACGGGGAGGUCGGUCAAGGACAAGGCGCAGUCGUCGGCGUCGGCGUCGAUGGCGAGGAGCGGCGGCGGCAGCAGGCCGGCGCCGGCCGCCGGGUCGUCGGUGGAGUCGGGAAGGGCGAGCGCCGCGGCGGUGGCCAGGAGGAAGGCGGAGGAGGAGAAGCGGCGCCGCGCCGAGCAGGCGCUGCGCACCGUCAUGUUCCUCUCCAUCUGGGGGCCCAACACCUAGUACUAGUAGGAGCAUCUUGUGUAGCGUGUGUUGUGUUGUGCGCGUUUGUUUUGUUUGAGGUUGGAAACAAGAUGUAAAUUUGUUACAAUGAUCUAAUAGAUGAAGACAUCCAUACGCUGAUUCUUGGAAACAAGGCCUUCGUGUUGGUCUGCACUCUGCAGUA